GGAAUGAGUUGCCAACCUUUUACUUCGGCUGAUACCUUCAUACCUCUGAAUUCGGAGGCUUCUGCAACGCUGCCUCUGAUCAUGCAUCACAGCGCUACCGAGUGCCUCCCGGUCUCCAACCAUGCCACCAACGUGAUGUCCCCAGUCCCGUCUAUUUUGUCUUUGAUCCAAACUCCUAAAUGUUUGUGCACAUAUUUCUCGGUGACAACGUUGGGAAACACAGCAACGGGACUUCAUUAUUCUGUUCCUUCCUGUCAUUAUGGAAACCAGCCAUCGACCUAUGGAGUGAUGGCAGGUAGCUUAACACCUUGUCUUUAUAAGUUUCCUGACCAUACCUUGAGUCAUGGCUUUCCUCCCAUGCACCAGCCUCUCCUGGCAGAGGACCCCACAGUCACUGAUUUCAAGCAGGAACUCAGGCGGAAAAGUAAAUUGGUUGAAGAGCCAAUAGACAUGGAUUCUCCAGAAAUCCGAGAACUCGAGAAGUUUGCCAAUGAAUUUAAAGUGAGAAGAAUUAAGUUAGGCUACACCCAAACCAACGUCGGGGAAGCCCUGGCAGCUGUGCACGGCUCUGAAUUCAGUCAAACAACUAUCUGCCGAUUCGAAAACCUGCAGCUCAGCUUUAAAAAUGCAUGCAAGCUAAAAGCAAUAUUAUCUAAAUGGCUGGAGGAAGCUGAGCAAGUAGGAGCUUUGUACAAUGAAAAAGUGGGAGCAAAUGAAAGAAAAAGGAAGCGAAGAACAACAAUAAGUAUUGCUGCUAAAGAUGCUCUGGAGAGGCACUUCGGAGAACAGAAUAAACCUUCCUCUCAAGAGAUCAUGCGAAUGGCUGAAGAACUGAAUCUUGAGAAAGAAGUAGUAAGAGUUUGGUUUUGCAAUCGAAGGCAGAGAGAAAAACGGGUGAAAACAAGUCUUAAUCAGAGUUUAUUUACUAUUUCUAAGGAACAUCUUGAAUGCAGAUAA